UCAAAGCUGCAAAAAUGUUUACUGGGAAAUGCCAGGUUUGAGACAACCAGUUGCCAAGGCAGAGGCAGACACACAGGCACACAUUGCGGGGCUCCUUGUUUGGAAUGGAUUGUUUGACACUUAGUCACCACACCGAUAGCAUUGCAGGAGGUGUGCGCUUGGCAGCCAGCCCAAGUCCACCCUGCACCUUGCUGGCUGCCAGAAAACUAAUGAGCAAAUACUUCCGCUUUCAAGCUGUUCCCUCCCCUCUCCCUACACCUGCAACUAGUACCAGGGUUGUGGCCAGAGCUAACUGAAGCCUGCAGGGCAGCAGCUGGGUUGGGAGCGUGGAAAAGCUGACCCAACAGAGAAAGACCAAGUGAAAGAGGCUUGGAGCACAGCUGGGAGACAUCCUGCGUGUAGGGCAGGACCCUAGCACUGAGCAGCAGGUUUUCCCAAACAGCUGAGCCUUCAGCUCCUGGGGAAGAUGAGUAUUUCAUCAGAGCACAAGCCCCUUGGGAAGCAGGUCACCGGCAGCUUGCAUACGUUGUCACCAAUCGUGGAGUUAAAUGUUGGUGGGGAGAUGUACACAACAACACUGAGCACCUUGAAGAAACACCCUGGAUCCAAGCUGGCAGAGAUGUUCACCGGCCAGCCCAAACUCAGGACUGACUCUGAAGGGAGGUUCUUCAUUGACAGACCAGGCACCUACUUCAAAUACAUCCUGGAGUACCUGCGCAGUAACCAAGUGCCCACCCAAUGCAUCCAGGAUGUCUACAAGGAGGCAUUGUUCUAUGACAUAGAGCCUCUAAUCAAGCAGCUAGAGGACUCCCCACAGAUCUUUGGGGAGCUUGUGGCAAGGAAGCAGUUUCUGGCUCGUGUGCCCAACUACAGUGAGAACAUUGAGCUGAUGAUCCGCAUCGCGAGGGCGGAAGCGGUUGCAUCCCGCCGGUCCAGCGUCAUCGUAUGUGUGGUCAGAACCGAGGAGGAUGCGGCCAGGUGUCAGGAUGCCCUGAACAGUUUGGACAUGGAUAAAAAAUCUGUGGUGAAAUUUGGCCCCUGGAAGGCUGUGCCAAGUAUUUCUGAUCUGCUGGACUGCAUUCAAAUGGAUGUUGAAGCCAAAGGGUAUAAAGUAUCCUUUCAGCCCCACAUUGCUGAAAAAGGUUUUCGCUUCAAAUCACAUGACUUCUUCUACAAGUUCCUGUUCACCUGGUGGUAGCGAAAUGCCAUCAUUGGUGGGGAAUGGAAGGAAGCAAUUAUUAAAACAAAUUGGCCUGGGCCAUAGAGACUAAGCCAUAGACUACCAGAGAGACAGGAAGAAAUGCAUGGGUCAGUGAAAGGAUCUCCUUUGGCUGUUUGCCAAAUUAAAUUAAGCACUUAAGAGUUACUAUAUUCUUGGGCUUUAAGGGAUAGCUUUCUAGGGGAUUUAAAAAGUACCAGGAAAAGGAAGAAUUUUACUCUUUCAGUGUUGCUGACUAUUCGUUAAAUUCAGAGAGAUGGAUCUGUGGAUCGAACCAACCUCACUCAACCUGAGAAAAAUGAAUAAUCCCAAAUGUGUCUCAUGGAUAUGUAGAGUUGGUGUCUUGGUGCAAAUGAGAACAGGUCACACAUGUGAUACUCCUGAUGGAAAUAGUGACAUCAACACAUGCUCAAAUUAAAUUUGGCUUCUUAAUGAGAAGGCAAAAGCUCUUCUUCUCCCUGCUUUCCACACCAGAACUUGGGUUAAAAAGAAGGAUUCAGUGUCUAUGAUCUCUUCUUAUUCCUUCAGUAGACAGCUUGCUCUCUAGCUGAUGUAUUUAUUACCAUUAUUUAUUAUUUAUUCUGAAGGAAAGAUAGAGAACCUCAGUUCCAGGAUCAACAAAAGGCAAAAAUACCAUCACUUAUGUGAGGAGUUUAUAAUCCAAGGACAUGCACUCAUCUCUCAGGCCACCCAAUUUUAAUUUUUUCCUAUGACAUUCAUUAUUAUUAUUAUUAUUAUUAUUAUUAUUAUUAUUAUUAUUAUUAUACUAUUUCUAAAUAUAUAUGCUUCUGGAAGAAUUGGGAAAAUCCACCCUGAUUCGAUGGGAAGGAAGUGUUACUGAAGCAGUAGCCUGAAAAUUCUCUUUUUUUACAGAACACAAGUUGGGUCCUAAAUUGUGUUUUAAAAAUCUUAGAAUUUGAAAGUUUAUUUUUAUACUGGAUAUGUCUUGGUUUUAAUCACUCUGAAAAUCAUAAUGGCUAAUUUGAUAAUGAUUGUAUUUCCUUUACUUCUUAGAAGAUGGAUUUCUUCCAGUUAAGGACAAUAAUCAUAGAAUCAUAGGAUGGUCCCUGAGAUGUUAAAUAAAUAACUUUUAAAAGCUUU